GCUUCAGCGGCUCUGCAGAGGAUCGGGAUGUUUUUCACCUCCUCCUCCUUUUUCUUCUCAUUUUUUUCCUCCUUUUGCACAGGCACGGACCAUCAGAACGCCCGGUGCCGCUCCUGUCAACGGACCUGGAUCGCACCCACUCCUGUCCAGAACUGGAACCAGUUUACCCGGGGUGUGUCUAGAGACUGGGUCAGCAGAACGCAGAUCGGGUACCAGACUGGGGUCUCCAGUGCGUGUUUUGUUUACAGAAUAAUAAUCUUAAUAAUAACAAUAAUAAAACAUUGUCGCUUUGUUCGGGUUCGGGUUCGUGAUGAAAAGCGAGCGCGAGGAUUUUCAUUGGAGGCAGAUCCACGCGCACACCUUUGAUUGUCUUUCAUCUCCGCCCGCACGUGCACGCUCCCCUGUCAGGACUCAUGUCUCAGAUCCAGCACGCUGUUCCGGGCGGACCGGGCCGGUACAACCAGAUCUGCACCCGCAGCAACAGCUGCUCCUCCCCGCCCUCCUCCGCCCCCGACACAGAGCCACCCCCCUGCACCGGACACUGUAGCCGAAACCCCCGCAAGAAGUGGCAGGUGUUCCCGGGGAGGAACCGGUUUUACUGCGACGGGCGGAUAAUGAUGGCGAGGCAGACCGGGGUGUUCUACCUGACCCUGGUCCUGAUCCUCCUCACCAGCGGCCUCUUCUUCGCCUUUGACUGUCCCUAUUUGGCGUCCCACCUGAGUCCGGCCAUCCCGGCCGCUGGCGCCGUCCUCUUUGUCUUCGUGAUGGGGAUGCUGUUCAGGGCAAGCUUCAGUGACCCCGGCGUCCUGCCCAGAGCAACGCCGGACGAGGCCGCAGACCUGGAGAAGCAGAUCGACUCGACGGGAUGCUCGAAGCCUCCGCCUCGCACCAGAGAGGUUCUCAUCAACGGACAGACGGUCAAACUGAAGUACUGCUUCACGUGCAAGAUCUUCCGGCCGCCUCGAGCAUCGCACUGCAGCCUCUGUAACAACUGUGUCGAGCGUUUCGACCAUCACUGUCCCUGGGUGGGGAACUGCGUCGGACGGAGGAACUACCGCUUCUUCUACCUCUUCAUCCUCUCCCUCUCCUUCCUCACCAUCUUUAUCUUCACCUUCGUCGUCACACACGUCGUCCUCAGAUCAAACCGGACAGGAUUCCUGACCACACUCAAAGACAGUCCUGCUAGUAUCCUGGAGGUGGUGGUGUGUUUCUUCUCUGUCUGGUCCAUCGUCGGCCUGUCGGGCUUCCAUACGUACCUGAUCAGCUCCAACCAAACCACCAACGAGGACAUCAAAGGAACCUGGUCCAAAAAGGAGGGGAAGGACAAACACAACCCCUACAGUUAUGGAAGUGUCCUCACCAACUGCUGCUCAGCUCUGUGUGGACCUCUGCCACCAAGUUUGAUUGACAGGAGGGGUCUGAUCCAGGCCGACACUCCACACACCGUCUCCCAGUCCAACGGGACCGGAAGCAGCAGCUACACCUCCACACAGCUCCACAGUCACAUGUGUGACCAGGAUCAGUGCAUUCAGAGCACCAAGUUCGUCCUGCAGGCUGCAGCCACGCCCCUACUCCACAGCAACCCUGUCGUUCUGGCCCCUCUGCCCGCCAAGACCCCCACGCUGGGGGGUCCCUGCUCCUACCUGGCACCGACGCAGCCGUCCCUGCCGUCCUGCGCCGGAGAUGUCAUGACGUUAAGGGAUCCCACCGUUGACUCCCACUGCCACCAUCACCUGCACCUGCAUCACCUCCAUCACCACCACUUCGCCAGCCCCGAGGAGACGCCAUGCAGCACACCGCAGGGUGCCCUGUCCUGCCCCGCCCAUGUGCACCUACAGCACCCACCACCACCGCUACCCCACCCACCUGUCCUGUACAACCCCGUCACUCAGGACGCUCUGCACGAAGACUCGGUCAGAGGGCUGGUGAAACUCAGCUCAGUCUGAGCCGAAGGAGUUUAGGAUGGGAAGAGACUUCAGGAAUGUAACAAAGACACAGACUGAACUUUUGAAAAAUCUCCUGAACCUUAACAUUUAAUAUUAUAAAUGUUAUCUUUAUGGUUUUUAUUUUACUCAAAGUUUUGAGUUUCUUACUCCAACCUGGUGCUGCAAAGAGUGCAAAACUGCCACAAUAGUCCCCUCUGCAAACACAAACAAUGAACUUGAUGUUGGUGAUUUUUUUAUACUGUUAUGACUUUUUUACAAGGUUCUAAAGUGCACAGCGCCUUGCAAACGUUUUUAUACCCAUCAAACUAUUUCAGCCCUUCAGUCUAUUCUAUAGGAUAGACCAACACAAGUAGUGUAUCAGUGGAGAAGUGGAACAAAGAUGGUUUACACAUUUUUUACAAAUACUAGAGUUUGUUGCAUGGGAGUUGAUGGGAAAGAUAGACUGAGCUAAAUCCAGGAUAAUCCUGGAAGAAAACCUGUUAGAGGAUGCAGAAGACUUGAGACUGGGGGCAGGGGUACCUUCCAGCAACCCCUUAUGUGUUGGAAUGGCCUAGUCAAAUCCAACCAAGUAUCUGUUGCUGGUGUUCACAGAAGCUCUCCAUCCAACAUGAGAUGAGAAGCUUGAGAUGUUUUGCAAGAAGAAUGUGGCAAAAAUGUCAGUUUAUAGAUGUUCAAAGAAAAAACCCAAAAGAUCUGCAACCAAAGGAGGUUUUACAAAGUACUGACUCAGGUGGGCUGAAUACAAAAGCAUGCCACACUUUUCAGAUGGGUAAAAAUUUAAAACCCUGAAUCGUUUUUCUUCCACUGCACAGCGAUGGCCUAGUUUGUGUUGAUCUGACUCAUAAAUCCCAGUAAAAUCCAGUGAAUGUUGUGGUUUUAAUCUGACAAUGUGGAAAAGGUUAAUGCGUAAUUAAUACUUACACAGGGUUCUGUAUUUAUGUUCAGAAGUUUGGGUUGUAUGGUUUCAGGUGUUUAACAUUCAGGUGAAGCAGUUUGACUCAGAGGAGGAGCUGCACCAGGACCAACGUUGGACUUUUUUCUUGUUUCUACUUUCAUCUUCCUCCUCUUAGAGGAAUUUAUUGAACAGAGAACUUUAAAUCCAGAAUAAGCUAUUUUAGUGCCGAUGAGAUGUUGCACCAAAAACCACAAAACUCUUUCUUCUUCUUCUUGUUUGAUUGUUUCCGUGGAGUUUUGGAGCUGAUGGAGCCCAGCUACACUGCCACACACCCGAGUCGGACUUCACCUCAUUGAUUCGUCACAACGACUGUGUCUAGUUUUAUACUUGUGAUGUCAUCGCUGCAUUAAAUUAAACCAUUCUGUGCUUUUAUUCUGAA